AUGAAUAGCACACAGCUCUGGCGCUCACAGUUUCGAUGUGUGACUCUCCGGUCCUCGAUACCUACGGUAGCUCCCGCAUCACGACGGUUCUCGGCGGCUUGUCAACGGCGACAGAAUACAAAUUCUACUUCUACGAAGACGGAUGAAGAUGUAGAAGCCGAUAUAAAACAAGAAGAGAAGGAGGAGGGUGCCAUGGCACGCCGUCUGUCACAGAUGACCGAGGAUGCGAUGCUGGAAGGUGGACGGUCUGCGCAACGCAACAUGGAGGCCGCGGGGUUCUCUGAAGACUUGAAGAAACAACUCGAGGAGCGGGUCAAGGCAGCUUCAUUCAAGAGUGAAUAUGCUGCUGAACACUCUAUCCUCGACAUGCCGGCUAGUGCAGGCCAAGGAACACGCGAGACAGCCGCAGCUCCUGCAUGGACAGGAACAGAGACUCUACAUGACUCGGCUCUUCGCAUGCUCGACGACGCCAGCAAACCUAUUCGCACUCCAUACAAGAUACCCCAACCCGUGAACCUUAAGCCCGCCCCGAAACCCAAACGCUCCACCGGUCAGCGAUUAGCCAACGCAAAAGACCGCACAUCUACGUACGCAUUAAGCCAAGCGCCAGGCUUAUCCGAAGAAGAACGGGAAGCAAUGCGCCGCGAGAUGAGAGAGAAGUUGGCACCCGGCGCGCACUCGAUGCCCAUGUCCAUACAAGGACUCUCAUCCCUCGCGAACGAAAGAAUAGAAGACGCAAUUGCUCGCGGUCAGUUCCAAAAGAUCAAGCGUGGAAAGGGCAUCAACACAGAAACAGACCAUAAUGCCAAUAGUGCAUACAUUGACACGACAGAAUACUUUAUGAACAAGAUCAUCCAGAAGCAGGAGAUUGUUCCGCCGUGGAUUGAGAAGCAGCAGGAAUUUGCUUCGGAGAUUAGCCGGUUCCGACAGCGUAUUCGUGCUGAGUGGAGGAGACAUGCGGCGAGGUUGAUUGCCAGCCAGGGCGGGUCCCUGGAUGAGCAGAUGAAGCGGGCGAAAGGAUAUGCUGCUGCUGAAACACGGCUGGCCGAGAAAGCCAAGAUGGAAGCUUCGUUCCGGAAUAGCGACGCGUCAGUCAGUGAGAUUGAUACCGACGGCCGAAUAGUGACCAAGGUAGAGUCACCGGAAGCUGCACUCGAGUCCGAUGGAGGGAAAAAUGCGUCAGGAGAUAUCCCGCAUCUCCCUCCACUACGAGACGCGGCUUAUCUUGGAAUUGAGCGCUCCUACCAUGAGUUGGCCGUGAAGCACAUCAACAAAAUUGCCCGGUCCUACAAUCUCCAAGCACCCCGCUCGGCCCAAAAACCAUAUGUCAACCUCGACCGCGAGCUGAACUCGUGUUUCGCGGAGGUCGCACCACAGCUGGCCGAAGAGAUUCGCCGCCGGGCGACUGAGCGAGCACGUCCAUCGGUAUCUGUCGGCGGGCCGUCGUCGAGUAUGUUUGGGUCAAUCGACACGGCGAAGAACGUGCGUGUGUACGAGGAGGAUAAGGAGAAGACGUACGGUCUCAAGGAGAUGUGGCGAGACAUGUUCUCCAAAGAUGGGCAGAAAUAG